GAGGAAUACAGUACGUCAUCAAAUUGCGACGUACAGAUAUGGCGCUUGUUUCUAUUUUCUAAGCAGCUAACUACAUGCAAAAACGCAAAAUACUGCGAUUUUAAAAAGAUUGGGAUGUUAUUCUAAUAGUGGAAGCUGUGCUGUGUGUCGCAUUCGUUCAGUAUGAGCGGGGGUUUGGCACCAAGCAAAAGCACUGUGUAUGUGUCUAACCUGCCUUUCUCUCUGACCAACAAUGACUUACACAAGCUAUUUUCCAAAUAUGGAAAAGUUGUAAAGGUUACAAUUGUUAAGGAUAAAGACACUCGGCAGAGUAAAGGGGUGGCGUUUGUUCUCUUCCUGGACAGAGAGUCAGCUCAUAACUGUGCAAGAGCAGUAAACAACAAACAGUUGUUUGGCAGGACGGUGAAAGCGAGCAUUGCAAUCGACAAUGGACGAGCAGCUGAGUUUAUAAGGAGGCGGAACUACACAGACAAGUCGAAAUGUUAUGAAUGUGGGGAUACAGGUCAUCUGAGCUACGCAUGCCCCAAAAACAUGCUGGGAGAGAGAGAACCUCCAAAGAAGAAAGAAAAGAAAAAGAAGAAAAAGGCUCAACAACCUGAUCAUGUUGAAGAAGAGGAAGAAAGUGAAGAGGAGGGAGAGGACCCAGCCUUAGAUAGUCUGAGCCAAGCCAUAGCUUUUCAGCAAGCCUGUAUCGCAGAAGAGGAGGAGAAACAGAAGAAGCAAAGACUUUCGUCUCAAGAGGACGACGCGCACGCCUCAACAUCCUCAGAUUCAAGGAAACCAAGGAUCAAAAAGAGCGCUUACUUCAGUGACGAGGAGGAGCUCAGUGACUGAUAACAAUGACACACAUUCUGGACUUCAUCACCAAGCUGUUUGGUAAAUAUGGAUUUAGUUUUGGUGUUAUACUGUGGGGGAGUUAUUAAUGUGAAAAGAUGCUUCCAUUUAGUUUGUCCUCUUGUACAUAGAGCAGAGCUUUUUUUAUUUUCCUGGAAAUACUGUGUAAUUGUUGUUGAGUUGACUGAUGAUUAUGUGUGUGACAUCUUUUCAAUAAAGCCUUGUCUCUUAAUGACAAACUAUAUUAACUGCAGAAUAUUUUAAAAAUUAGAAGAGAGGGAGGUACUGACUACUUACAUAUAUAAAAUGUAAAAAGUGCUGAGAAAUGUGUCCAAAAUACAAUAAAAUAACAAACUAUAAAA